CGCGGGGAGCGCUUCCGCCGCCGGGCAGCACGCGCGGGCCGCCGCCAUGAAGCCGAGAAAAAACACAAAGCGAGUUCCAAGUUUUCGCAAGUUACUGAGAACUAGUCAAAUAAAACUUGACAAUAAAUUAAAGAAUAAACAGUACAAGCAGAAGAGUGCUGCUAAGAAGUAUCGUAAAGAACAAAAGAAGCUAAGGGAAGCUGUCAGAGAUGCUAUUUCCAGAAAGCCUUUUCCAUUGGAGGAAUGCAAGAAAAAACAAGUUGCUAAAAAAUGGGAAGAAAAAGAAGAAGAAGAUGCUCUUCCACUGGACAUGAUGGAUGAAGAUGAUUUAAAAUUAAUGGAGGAUCUGGCCCAAAAAGCAUCCUUUUUAACCAGAGAUCUUUCUUCUAAUGAACCUGUUCACAUCAAAAAACGUAAACAUGAAAGUGUGAUUGAGAAAUAUGAGAAGGUGCCAAGACGUUUGCAAACAGAGCCAGAAAAAGAACUCAUCCAUCUGCUCCCCAUCAAAGACAAGAGUGGCAUAAUUCCUCAAGCUGUGGAAAAGCCAGUUCUCAAUGUUGCACAUGAUGAAGAGGAGGACACAGAAGAUAUGGAGGAAGCAGAGGACUUUAAUGAGGAACCCCUGCCUGUUCUCACUCCUGAGGAAAUGGCUGUUCAAAGGAAACAGAAGCUACAGGAGAGGAAGAUGCACAUAGCUGCCUUAGCAUCUGCCAUUCUCUCCGAGCCAGACAGCAAUAUUAAGAAGCUUAAGGAGCUGCGUGCCAUGCUGAUGGAACAGGAUCCUAAUGUGGCUGUGAUUGUUAGGAAGCUGGUCAUGGUGUCUUUGAUGGAAAUAUUCAAAGAUAUUGCACCUUCGUACAAAAUUCGGCCUCUGACCGAAGCAGAAAAGGCUACCAAGGUUAAAAAAGAAACACAGAAACUGAGAGAAUUUGAAGAAGGCCUUGUAAGCCAGUAUAAAUUUUACUUGGAAAAUUUGGAACAAACAAUUAAAGAUUGGAAGCAAAGGAAAUUGAAGAAAAGCAAUGUCAUCUCAUUAAAGGCAUAUAAAGGUCUAGCAGAGGUAGCAGUGAAGUGUCUGUGUGAGCUGCUUGUGGCCCUACCCCACUUCAACUUCCACAAUAACAUUAUUGUUCUCAUUGUUCCACUCAUGAAUGAUCCAUCAAAAAUGAUUUCUGAACUGUGUGUUGAGGCAGUUAAGAAGCUCUUUAAACAGGACAAGUUGGGCUAUGCUUCACUUGGUGUAGUUAAAGUAAUUUCUGGCCUUGUGAGGGGUAGAAAUUAUGAUGUCAGGCCUGAGGUGUUAAAAGUAUUUCUUCACUUAAGAAUUAAGGAAGUAGAAUUACAAAAAGAUUCUGAAGACAUUGCACCAAAGAAAAAGUUCAUGACUUACAAAGAGAAAAGAAAAAAUCUUUCCAGAAUGCAAAGAAAGUGGAAGAAAGCAGAAGAGAAAUUGGAACGAGAACUCUUGGAAGCAGAAGCAUCAGAAAGUAAAGAAAAGAAACUGAAGUUGCACACAGAGACCUUGAAUAUUGUAUUUGUAACUUACUUCAGGAUCUUGAAGAAAGCUCAGAAGUCUCCACUUUUGCCAGCUGUGCUAGAAGGUCUUGCAAAGUUUGCUCAUCUCAUAAAUGUGGAAUUUUUUGAUGACCUAUUGAUUGUCCUUCAUUCUCUUAUUGCAUCUGGGGAUUUAAGCUAUCGUGAGAGUCUUCAUUGCAUUCUCAGCGCUUUUCAUAUACUCUCUGGUCAAGGUGAUGUUCUUAACAUUGAUCCAAUGAAAUUUUACACACAUCUGUACAAGACCCUGUUCAGCCUACAUGCAGGUGGCACCAACGAGGACAUAGGGAUUGUGCUGCAGUGCCUGGAUGUCAUGUUUGCCAAGAGGAGAAAGCAAGUCUCCCAGCAGCGAGCUCUUGCUUUCCUAAAGCGACUUUCCAUCCUUGCUCUUCAUGUGCUUCCGAAUUCCAGUGUUGGGAUCUUGGCAACAAACAGUGUAUUCAUGCAAACAUUCCCAAGGAUGGACCUCCUACUAGACAAUGAAUCUCAAGGCAGUGGAAUUUAUCUCCCAGAAUUAGAUGAACCGGAGCAUUGCAAUGCCCAGAACACAGCACUGUGGGAGCUGCAUCUACUGCAGAGACAUUAUCAUCCAACAGUGCAGAAAUUUGCAUCUCACCUUAUUGCUGGUGCUCCAACUGAAGGCUCAGGAGCUCUUCCACUUGAUUUGAGCCAAAGGUCUGCUACAGAACUUUUUGAGACAUAUUGUAUGAAAGAAAUGACCUUUAAUCCUCCUGUUGCAUCAGUAACACCCAGAAGAAAGGAUACCUUCUCACAAAGGGAUUCAUUUGUAGAUGAAGAACUAAACAAACAGCUUCAACAACACACCAGUGAGACUGUUGCUCACAAACCCUUGGAUUUUGCUAAGCACUUGAAGGAAUCAUCCUUGGCAUAAAUGUACCUAUCAAUCAAGUUCACUUGGAUUCUUAAUUAUGGAGAAAGAUUGGUUAAAAGAAAUCACCAGUCAUCAUAAAAGGAAUACAAGCAGGCUUUUGUGUGAAUAUGGAAACACAAAAAUUUAACAGCAGUUUUUCACACAGUUACAGGCCUGUCCCCCUAACCACCAAGCCCCUGUUCAGGGGGCUGGGGAGUCACAAUGAACUGUCAUGUCAGUGUUUUAAAAAAUAUAUAACCCCAAGUAAUUUACGAAUUGUUUGCAACCAUGCACAAUGCACAAUUGUAUUUUUGUUUAUGUAUUUUUCUAUUUUUUAUAACAGAAUAUAGACAUAUGUGUUUCUGCAAACUCACUGGGUUGUGCUGGUAACUUAAUAAAUAUUUUAAAAAUGUUAACAUAA